GAUUAGAGGCCGCACCUGUUUCUUAAUCAAACACUGAUAGUCCUCUAAAUCUAGUGCUGUUUUCUCGGCGACAUCAAUUCCAGUCAUGCGAACUUUCCUUCUUUUGAUCGUAGCCGUUGCUGCAGUUAAUGGUGAUGCCUGUACAUCGCACGUGCUGACGGGUACCCAUGCGGGAUCUCAGGGAGUCGGGUGUAUGAAGGCGAGCUGCUGCGCCAACAGCUUCAUGGUGGCCAGUCUCUGCUCCGGAAGUAACGUCUGCUGCUUCAGCCAUGACACUUGUGGAUCUUCCAGCAACUACAAUUGUUAUGGCGACGUGAUGAAGUUACACCCAACCGGAGCCAGCACUAGAACGUCCUCGGGCUUGGGGUACUCGGGUGUGCAGGCCUCCAAUCAUAUGGUUGACCAGGACUACGCCGAACUCAACAAGCGGAAAUCUUGCUACGUGAGGGCCGGAGCUAAUAACUGUAUCCACCCUGCCGUAGUCGCCGGCGUCGCCAGUCGUGAAACACGGGGAGGAAAACUGCUGUACAGCACCGGGGGAUGGGGCGACCACCACCACGCCUGGGGCAUCAUGCAGUGUGACGUGUAUGCUUCCGGCCUGGGUUCCACGUGCGAGAGGUACUCGUGGGACAGCUGUGACCACAUUGACCAGAUGACCAGAGUGAUCCUGGUGCCGUACAUAAAGCAGGUCAAGGCCAAGCACCCCACCUGGUCACCCGAACAACAAAUGCAAGGCGGUGUGUCAGCCUAUAACGCUGGGGUUGGCAACGUUGCUACAUGGUCUCGCCUUGACGUCGGAACAACUGGCAACGACUACAGCAAUGACGUCAUUGCUCGUGCACAACACCUUAUAAAGCAACAUGGUUGGUGAUCUGGAAGUUGUACAUGGUACUGUAAGGAGGGUAAUAAACACGGGGACAAAUA